UGCCCGCAGUAACCCUGCUCAUCACAUGAUAGUCAGGGAGAUAUCGGGGAGGAGAAAAGGUUUUUCUGUGCAGUCGUUCGUCAUAUGAUUAAAAGUCCAGCGGAAAACUGAAAAUGUUGAGGGUUUUCGUGAUUUUCUCGCUGUUUAUAGCAGCCAUCAAUGCCUCUGGCGAAUUCACCGUGCUGAACCGCCCCAAGGCAAUCAGUUUCAAGGGCAACGAUGCACUGGAAAGCCACUACGUGGGUGAUGUGCUCUACGCUUCCCUGGGCAACGCCGUCAGCGGUGACACCAACUGGAACGGCCUGACCAUCAACGAUCCCUUCAACCUGGCCAAGGGCGUCAUUGUGGUGCAUGUCCAGGGCACUGGUCACGUGACCACCGCCGGCAACGUCAAGACCUACGAGCUGACGGGUUCCGGAACGGACGCCUCUCUGAACGCCCUGGCCGCCGAGCUGGAGGCAGCCAACGAGCCCGUCUGCGAUAUUAACUUUGAGCAGUUCGACGAUGGCGUUCAAGCCUGGAAGUCCUGCUUCGGUGACUUCGAGACCCCAGCUGCCAAGCCCACCAAGCACCUGAAUCCCUCUCUGCACACCGCUGACAAGCAGUUCCUGCAGGAGGUUGGAUUCAUCAACAGUGCGGCCGAUCACCUGGCUGAGAUGGCCAAGCCCUCGAAUGUCCUGUUGUUGCGCGUUUCCGUCGAUGGAGUGGCCAAGGCUCAUGGCGAGAAGUCCGUGGCCGUGGAGGAGGCUAACAAAUUGCUGUCGGCCGCUAUCAGCCGUCUGCUUGCUGCCUCCCAGAAAUCCAGCGACUCGGUGCUGUUUGUGCAGACCACGGAGAAGGACGUGGCAGCAUCGCGUGCCAAGCGUGAUACCGUUGCAGCUUCGACUACCAAUCCCUACAAUCUGGCUGUGUACUACGGCAGCGACUACCCGGUGAUCUUCAACAUCAUCCUGUGGUUCAUGGUUGUCUUUGGACUGUCGCUGCUGGCCAUCUGCUAUGCCAUCGCUGCCAUGGAUCCCGGCAGGGACUCCAUCAUCUACCGCAUGACCUCCACCCGCAUCAAGAAGGACAACUAAGCGCAGAAGGAGUCGAGAGGAGCAGGAGGAGCGAGUGGAGCUUGCGUUACGCUUUGUUAUUUCGUCCCCCUUUUAAGUUGAAAUAGGCCAACUUCUACUUCAAUCCAACAGCGGAUAAAUUGUGUGCUUGUGUGUGUGCGGACAGCUGUCGCAGUAGUUGGUUUUAUUAUCUAUAAAUAAGUAUUAACAAACUUAUCAGUUUUCGAUGCAGUUGCGGCAGAGCAACAAUUCCAUAGCAAUUUGUUACAUUUUCCUGUUUUGUUGUACUUUUUAGGUUUAUAUAUAUACGAAUAUGCACAACAUACUCGCCAAGUCAGUCAGUUCUUCAAACGAUUCAUCAUAUGUAAAUUAUCAAAAUGUGAAGUGUUGAAAAGUAAAGUUAAAUAUAUAUAGCCUAAAAAGACAA